GAGUAGAUCAGAUUCUGCCACUUUGGAGAGAACUUUCUGUGUUGGUUUAACUAACAAAGCACUCUCCUCUUAUCUUUCUGCUGCUCAGUGCUUCAGAUCUAGGUACUGGAAUUUUAUAAUGUUAUUGAGUCAGCAUAGCUAAAUAGCUGGUCUUGCCUGAAGGUUGACAUCCUUUGGACCCUACAAGAAAAAUAUCAGCCAGCUACUGAUGCUACUCUGGUCUAACAGCCUGUAGACCACAACCUUUCUAUAUUUUGUGCUCUUUAAAGCAUGCAUGGAUAUGGCUUCCUGUAGUCAAGAGGUCACCGGUCUGAACUUUUUGUCACUGAUUCCUCUAUUAAAUGUUGGCUUGUGUAAACUGACUCUUACAGACGAUAGGAACCUCUCUUCAACAGAUGCAGUUAUGACGAGAAGAUCUGCCUGCACUGUUAGUGCUGAGUGGAAUCAAAAGAAAAGGAAAGUGUGGUGCUCAGGCCUCAUGAGAAGUUGCACAAAACUUUUUCUGACAAAGUAGGAAUGUUGGAAAUUUAGUAGGCAAUAGGAAAUCUGCAGUGGUGCUCGUCUUAAAGAAGAAAGCAUGUGCCCAGUGCAGAGAUUUGACUGUACUGUUUAUGAGUAUUAUGAGAAUUUGUUCUGACUAUUAGAAUGCCUUGGCUCCUGUCCAUGGUUGAUGUAAAUCUGCAAUUCUUGCUCCUCCUUCUAGUUUAGCAUCUGGGAAAUAAUAAAUUCCUUCUACUUAAAGUGGAAGAAAACCAGCUUCUGAAAACACUGGUUUUAGAUUCUUCUGUGGAUAGGUUUUUUAUUUCAAGGCACUUGAAUUGAAGAGUUUUGUUGGUGCCUUUUCACCAUCCCAGUUAUAUUAUUUAACUGAUGUACCUCUGAAUACUGCAUUGAGAAAACAAUCUGGGUGGGAAAAAAAAAAUAACAAUCCAUGUUUAACAUUCAUGUACUAUAGUGCUUCCUCAGAUCCACCUGCUUUUGACUUAGAUGACAGAAGUGAGCAACGGCUCUAUUUCACAUGCUAUUCCUGGCCCUAGUGUCUGUAAUGGACUUGAAUCAUCAACAGUCUGCCUGUAGAUCCUGUUAAAGGAUCACUUCCUGCAUGGUGGCGUUUCUUUUUUAAUGCAGUAGUGUCAUUACCUGGCUGAAGACUAAACAUGAGAAUAGCAGGUGCUGCAAAGUUGAUAGUAGUCAUAGCAAUAUUUUUAUUGACAUUUUAUGUCAUAUCUCAAGUGUUUGAAAUAAAAAUGGAAGCCAACUUAGGACACAUAUUUGCUAGAUCAGCAUUGGAUGCAGCUGCACGCUCUACAAAACCUCCGAGAUACAAAUGUGGGAUCUCUAAAGCUUGUCCUGAAAAGCAUUUUGCAUUCAAAAUGGCAAGUGGAGCAGCAAAUGUAGUUGGACCUAAAAUUUGCGUAGAAGAUAAUGUAUUAAUGAGUGGAGUUAAAAAUAAUGUUGGCAGAGGAAUAAAUGUGGCUUUGGUCAAUGGUAAAACAGGAGAACCAUUAGACACUAAAUUCUUUGACAUGUGGGGAGGAGAUGUGGCACCAUUUAUUGAAUUUCUCAAAUCCAUACAGGAUGGAACCAUCGUGCUUAUGGGGACAUACGAUGAUGGUGCAACCAAGCUUAAUGAGGAAGCACGGAAACUGAUUGCUGAACUGGGAAGCACAUCUAUCACUAACCUUGGCUUUAGAGACAAUUGGGUCUUCUGUGGUGGGAAAGGAAUUAAAACUAAAAGUCCUUUUGAGCAGCAUAUAAAGAACAACAAGGACACAAACAAAUAUGAAGGCUGGCCAGAAGUUGUUGAGAUGGAAGGUUGUAUCCCUCAGAAGCAAGACUAACCCUACAGAAAAGGAAAGGAAGAAAAUGCACUUUCUGCUAUUAUUAGGGAGAGGGCUAUGAAGGAGACUGUACUGUAAAUAAUAUUUUUAAAGCAUGCAGCCAUCCUGUCGGUGUUUGCAUGAGCACUGACAUCUUGAAUAUUGGGAUUAUUUAUUGCUAACACACAUAAAAUCCUUUUUGUAAAUAUGUUCAAAGUAAAAGAACAUCAAAUAAUUUCUAAACAGAUUUCUUAAAAGCACAGUAUUUAGUUUGCCUAUGGUGAGUAUCUUGUAGACCAACUGGCUAAUAAAUUGCAUAUGCCAAUAAUAAACAGAUCCGGACAAAUGUUGUACUGUCUUCUAACAUUGCUGUGAGAAUGUAACCUUUGUGGAAAAUAUAGAUUUUAGAGAUAAGUUAAUAAAGAGCUUUAAUUUUUUUUAUCCUCUGCCUUUUUAAUGGCAGCAUCACUUUUUAUUGAAGGUAAUUGGUUAUUCUAAUACCAAGUGCUUAAAAAAAAUUUUUUUGUAGUCUCCCACCAAAACUGAAUAAUCCGCAAAGGAGGAAAACAUGAUAGUGAAAUACAAAUAUACCAUGAAAAGCACAAUAUAAGUUAUUUUUACUAGGGGAAGAGCAAAGGUAAAUGCAUAAAUAGCGUAUGUGAUACUUAAAAGCAGCUUGGAAGGAUUGUUGAUCAUCUUGAAAAUAGUACUUUCUAUGUAGAAGAGUUAAACACAGUACAUGUUAAACAACAAUACUUGUUCAAGCAACUUGUUCAUUAUUUUUGUAACAAUUUUUGUACUGCUGCUUAACCACUGAGUCUACAUGUGGCUGUUCAGCCCUGCUGGCUAGUCACAUAGUAAAUCUGUGUAAUGGGAUGCCUUCCUGCUGUAGUGGUAACCCUAGAAAUAAAUUUUCCAUUGCAAAGAAGCCAGCAGAAAGCAGUCUGCCUUCUAGUGAGAGUUGUCCAGGCUACAGUAUUAUGUAUCUUUACUGCUUGUGUUACAUCUAACGUGGGGUCAUUUGUGCUUACAGUGAUAUUAGAGAAAGCGUUGCAUCUUUGGUAAUGCAAUCUAUGAUAUUCAAACUUAAGGAACGAUGCAUCUUCAUUUAUUUUUUUUCAAUGCAAAAAAAAAAAAAAAA